AUGCGAGCUGUCCAGCCGGCAGAGCAGCGCGCGGCCCCAUUCUUGGCCCUGGCCCCAUUCCUGGCCCUGGCCCUGGCCGCGGCCCAAGCUCCACCAGCCCCAUAUAUUAGCCCACGCCAACCGCCCCAGCCCACACCGGGCCACGAUUCCAAAACCAUCCCGUCGUCUCUGCCGUCGCUGGAAACCCCCCAGAAAACCAGAAAUGCCCCUCUUUCCUCUCCCCGCCCGUUUUCUCCAGGGGCCUUGCCCCGCCCGGCCCGGUGCACGCGCGGCCCCUGGCCCUGGACAUCGGGCCUGGAAAUCGGCCCGGCAGAAGCGCGCGCCAGGCCUGCCGAGCGCAUGUCCAACGCUCACCCAGCCGGCCCUCUCCCAGCACCAAUGGCCAUUUUCCAGCACGAGCUCCGGCUCAAGCCGCCAGCAAAACACGACGUCUUGGACGGCCCCCGCGGCGGCGGCCCGCGGGCCGGCCCCCGCCCCCGCGGCAUCGACCUCCGCACCGUGUCGCCCCACCUGGGCCCAGCCCGGCCCACAGGGCCUGUCGCUGGGCCGCCAUUUUGCACUGGAACCCGGGCCGAAAACGCCCCGCCCGCCCAUGUCGCCCCGCCCGCCGGCCCCGGCACGCCGAGCCCCGUCAAACUGCCGCCCGCACGCGUCCGCGAGAGCCGGGCGACGCGCAAAUACGACGUCUCGCUCCCGACGUCCGCCGAGCUCGAGGGCUUGGACUUGGCCGCCAAGCUACGGCUCCUCGCGCUCAAGGAGAUGGCCGUGGUGGAGCUCCGGGACGCCCUCGCGGCCCUCCAGGGCCGGCUCCACGCGUCGGAGCGCGACCUCCAGAGCCUUCGGACCGUGGUGCAGCGGUCCCUCUAUCGCCAGCUCCAGAACGAGGCCCAGGCGGCGCAAACGCCUCGAAAUGCCUCGAAAUCACGGCCGGGCCACGGCCGUCCGAAAGCGGGCACGGCGCCCGGGAACCAGGUCUGCGCGCCGCCUGCUGGGGGCGAUUCCAGGCCGUCUUUUCGCGGUCCAGCCAGCGCCACGGCGCCUCAAAAGGGCCCCGCCACCCGGCCAGCACGGGCAUCCACGGGCAGCCGGCGCAACUCGCAGCCUGGGCCCCCGCGCCGGCCGCUGCAGGGAGCUCAGAACGGCGCCGCGGGCGACCGCCUGCUGAAGCUAUGGACCAACUUGGCCCGGCCCAUCUCCUUCAUCCAGAGCCUCGACCACAUGCUCCUGCUGGAGUUUGAGAGGUCCAUGGGCGACGGCACGGCCCCAGAACUGCAUGGGCCCAGCCACUCCCCGUGGCAUCUCGCGGAGCCACAGUCCUGGGCCACGUCCCACGACGAGAGUGCCGACGACAUGUUCCAGGCCGUGUCCACUUCCUUGUGGGCGUUUGUCAACGACAUGAAGACCAGCAUGGUGUCCACGCUCGCGGCCGACCCGGCGCAGGCCACCGAAUGCGGCAGCCCGAGACGCCUGUCCUGGACAGGCAGCCCGAGCCGGGCCUCGUUGGAACCCGCUGCGGCGGCCCUUUCCGGCCCGGUGCUCGGGGCGUCUUCGCAUGAGCACAGUGACCCCGAGUCGGGUGCCGACCUUCUAGAACUCAGCGACAGCGACGACGAGCAGGUGGACUUGUCGAUGUACUCGGCCAUGCGGAAGCAGGAGAAGCCCGAGGCCACGUAG